AAACCCCACAUUGAGAGCCUCCUAAGCUGAGCUCUUUAGGAAAUCAAAGCUUAGCUCUUGAAACCUUCCCUUAUUCUGACACUUACAGUUCACAAAUUUUAAGCUUCUAACUGACGCCAUGGCUUUAUCUCUGAAAGAUUCUGCAAAUUCCCCAAAACCCAAUUUUCUGAUAGGUGAAAACUACCAACUUUCUCUAAAAGAAUCCCUGGAAGCUGUCCUAGCUGAAACCCACAAAGAAACCCCAAAUUUCUCUGUUUUCAUUGAUAAAUUCUAUGAUUUAAUGCAAGCAAAGAUUGACCCACCUCUGGAAUCCAUCUGGGUAUACUCUGCUUUGUCGUUUCGAAGCCAUGAUUUUGCAAAUGAAGAUCCGUUGAAUCAAUUAUCAAUCAUAAAGGAUCUCUUUCAGUUAGUUUCUUCAUGUUCAAGUCCCUGUAGUUCUUCUAAAAGCAUAGCAUUGCUUGCGCCAAUUGUUUUAGAGGUUUAUAAGUUAGUUGUGGAAGUACUAGGAAAAGAGUUGGGUUCAAAGAGGGAGAAGAAAGUGAUUAAAAGGGUAAAGUCUAUGGUUGAAGUGAUUAUUGGCUACAUUAGCAUGUGCUGUUGUAAGGAAUUGAGUGAGGAGAGUGAAGGUGUUGAUGUGAAUUUGGUAAUUCCGUUUGAGGAUUUGGUUUCUAUUUGGAUGGAUAGAAAUGCAAAUUUACAAUCUUUUUUGCCGUUUUUGAGUGAUGAGAUUUGUAGAGUGAUUAGGGAAAGAGGGUUUGAUGUGAAUUACUUGGCUGGUGUAGUUAUGGUGGAGGCAUUUUUGUUGAAACUUUGCUUGGAUUUAAGGCUUGGGACUGAAGGGAUGGUGUUGGAGAAAGAGUUGAGAAGUUGGGCUGUUGCUUUAAUCUCCAGCUUUCACAACUUUUAUUUCUUUGAGAUACUUUUGAGGGUGCUGCUGCAGCUGGCAUUGCCAGUGACUUCCUUUCUGGGACUUGAAGAUGGAGUUCUGCUGAGAAAUAUUUUGUAUGAUGCUGUUAUCUUGGUGGAGUAUUCUUUCCUCAAGUCAGAGACAGUUCACCUACCAGCCGAGCACAUAAAAAGUAUUGCCAUGACAAGACUGAUUGUCACACUUGAAGGCAUUGAGUUUUCCAGAAAAAAUGGGGAUCAAAAAAGAGCUACUCGUUAUACAAGUGCCUUUGCCAAUUCUCAUUUACCCUCUCAAAUAAUCCAAUGCAUCAUGAGGCAGAUUGGCAUGGAUGAGAAAGCAGGAAAAACAAGUGGAUCCUCACCUAAAGCUCUUAUUAAGUGGCUACUGAACCUGGAGAAACAAGGGAUAAAGUCAUUUGAUGAUAGCAUCUGGAAAUGCCGUGCCAAAUUACUUGUUGAUGAUUCCAAGGCAGACUAUGAGCGAUCAGGAUCAAAGUUAGAUGGGAAGAAACUCGAGGAUGAUCCUCUCUUUUACAUGGAUAACCAAGGGAAAGAGGAAAAUAAAGAUGAAGAGAAUAAUAUGAAAAAUGAAUCUUUGACAGCUGCAUUUAUGACUGCUGCUCAUUCAAUGAGGCUGAUAGAUAGCUCCAGGACAAAAAGGAAAGGAAAUGGAAGUGCAGACAGGGAGAAGAUCAAGUAUUUUAAGUAUGAUCUUUGCAGCAAUUCUGAAUCAGCUAAAGACAAGGUCUCAGCUGUUACUAAUGAUGAUUUGAGUAGUGAGAGUGAAGUUGAGAACCCACUCUCUGAUGAAGAGGCAUAAACUUUUGAUGAUUUGUUGUCAAUUUCAUUUCCUUAUUAACUAUACCAACUCCCAGAAAAGAAAAAACUUAGGAUUUUGUUUAACAUCAAUGUUUUUGAUUGGCUUGAAAAAGAAUUGCAGGUAGAAUAUACUCCCUUUAUUCAU